AUGGCAACACACACACACGUUUCAUCUACAUAUACAUAUACACACAAAUGCGCCAUGUUGUCAGUGUUUUGUUCGUAUCUGCACUACUAUUCGAGUUUGAGCUGUCUGUAUAUCGUUAGGUUGCUAGCAUUGUGCGGAUCUGUAUGUGUCCGAAAGCAUACUCUGACAGAAUAUGACAGAAUCCCGUUUGACAUAGCUACAUUUGUUUCUACACCUCCCCUGAAGGGCGGCGGUGUGAUCUUGAAGGGCGGCGAGGUAGUGGCUGAAAAGCUUGAGCUCAAGUACAUGCUGAAGGAAGAUUUCGUGGAGUUCCUCCCGGAGGCGACGAAAGAGCCAAAGGUGGUCACGGUCAGUGAGGAGGAUGAGCUCAAGGCUAUUGAGUUAGCCGCUCGGGAGAACUUGGACAGGCUGAUGACGCUGGCCCCGGAGAUUGGCAAGCUCAAGGCCCACUACGCGGAGAAGGGCCUUGAGAAGCCAGAAAUUGUCAUUGGGAGACCGUCCGAAGCGCUGCAGGUGUUCUCCGAGCUUUUUCCCGAGUACGUGAGACUCGGCGGGUGUGUCGCCGAAGCCUGA